CUGACUUAGAAACAGUUCAAUUGGGGAAAUUAAAGAAUUGUCAUUGGGACGUCAACUGCCAAGGUACCAAGGCCUUAAGAACAUGAAUUAAACCUAAGAGUUGAUUCAGAAUGCUUAGGAUAAAUCUAGUGAAGCUCACCAUUAUCUUAUUCCCUGCCCUCUUUGUGCUGAAAAUUGGAGGAAAUGACAAGAUGACAAUGACACUGGAUAAAAAUGGGGCAUUACUAACAACACUUCAUCUAAAUCAACAUACAGUGAAUAUCAUAGAUGAUCUUAAAAAUACUUUGCCGUCCUGUAAAAUGGAAUCAAACAAUUCACCAGAUAACUGCAGUGUGCAAUGUUCAGGAGCAGUUAAUGUCAAAAACUCAACCGUUUCAUUUCCUAAUGUAACAGUAAACCUUAUGGCUGUGAAUUAUAAUAAUUAUACCAAAUUUGAUUUUAAUGCAACUUUUACAGAAUGGAAUGCAAGCUCUAGCUGUGUAAUUUUUCACUGUGGUAACAUUCGAGAAUGGUUUUCUACUUCAAACUGUAGUAAUUUCACUGAGAACGAUUUCUCGACCCUCAACACGAUAUGUUCACUGUUGACAAAUUAUAAGGAAAAUUAUAAUAAGUGGCAAGAAUGUUUUAAAAACAAAAAACUGAAUGAGCCUUUUAAUGGAACGACUAAGUAUAUUACCGGAGACAAUUACAAAUCUUUUCUGAAAAAAAUCAGUCCAGAAGAAUUGAUUUUAUCUGUAACAAUAACAGUUUCUAUACCAGAGGCGGAGAACUCAGUUAUGACUCCAAGAAUCUCAUUGCCAGUUGAAGCGUUAGCUGGGGUGAACAAUACAGUGAUUGCUGCAACUGUGUACACUGAUCCGUCUCAAUUCAUAAUGAACAACAAAACAAACAUAGUGAGCACAGUAAUCUCCUUGGAUAUCAUUGGAGUACAAAAUGUUUCUGAACUAAAAACUCCAUUGGUAUUGGUAUUUCCAAUUAAUCAAACUGCAGAUCAAUCCAACAAAGUUUUCCAAUGUUCAUUUUACGAACAUAAUAAAGGUACCUGGUCCGACGCAGGCUGCCACAGCUCCAGUUCAUCUAACAGCAGCGUCACUUGUUCAUGUAACCACCUGACUAUUUUUGCUGUGUUAAUGGUGGAUCCACAAGUAGAUGCGAAGAACUGGCAGAUCCUCACAGUUAUUUCUUAUGUGGGCUGCGGACUAUCAGCUGCUUUCACUGCAGUCACUGUUUUAACAUACCUUGUAUCCAGGAAGUCCAGGCGGGACCACACUAACACAAUCCAUGUGUGCCUCAGUGCUGCCCUCUACUUGCUCAAUAUGACCUUCCUGCUGACAGAGUGGGUGGCCAGCUUGAACCUUAACACCCUCUGCACCAUCAUCGCAAUCCUCAUGCAUUAUGCCCUUCUUAGCAGCUUCAGCUGGAUGUUUGUGGAGGCCAUCCACCUGUAUCUCCUCAUGGUGAGGGUCUUCAACACCUACAUUAAAAAAUACAUCACCAAGCUGUCUGCCUUCGCCUGGGGUAUACCUGCCAUAAUUGUUGGCAUAGUUGCUUCUGUGCGUCAAGAUUAUUAUGGACCCACACCGAUAAAGAUUGGAAAUUCAUCAUACACAAAUAAUAUUUGCUGGAUCAGCAAUAAAACCUAUUUUUAUGCCUUAAACAUCUCCUACUUCACAAUUGUAUUCAUUUUUAAUUGUGGAAUACUGAUAGCAGUGACAACAAAGAUUGUGUAUUUCCAAAGAUUUGCCAAGGAUCCAUUAAAAACUAGAAGCUUCUGCAAAGAUUGCAGCACUGUCCUGAUUCUGACCUGCCUGCUCGGGACCACUUGGGGCCUAGCAUACUUGGGGUAUGGACUCUACACUCUGCCUGUGCUCUACCUGUUCACCAUUUUUAAUUCAUUCCAAGGGCUUUUCAUAUUUUUCUGGAUUUGUGCUGCACAGAGGAAAAAUAAAACACAGUCAGAUGAGAGGCAAUGUGCUACUAAUACCGAUACAAAGGAGGAGAGUUUGUUCCCUGGCAUUAAAAUUAAUCCAGACAACUAGCUGGGUGUUUUGUGUGAAUAAUGUGUUAUGGUAAAUUCUGAGAAACAAAGUAAGAAAUAUUUUUGAUGCAUACGAGUAUAAUAUUUAAAGACUUUACACUUCUGAAAUUGUCUAAUGCUUUUUACACAGAGCUUUUGUUAGCCUUAAAAUAUUUGUAAGACAUGUUAAUGGGAUACACUGUCUGCUCAAAUUAAAUGUAAAUAUUAUGAAGUAGGUGGUAUGGUAAGCAUCUACUUGAAUAAACUGGGUCCAAAUCCCGACCUGGACAUUAUCUCUAUGGAGUCUGCACAUCAUCCCCAACCCAAAGAGGUGAAUGUUGGGUGUACUUGUGGAUCAUUUUUGAAUGAGUUUGGAUUUGUGCAUGAAUGCCCUGUGAUGGAUUAACACCCUGUCCUGGGUUUUUGCUGCCCUGUGCCCAAUGAUGCUGGGAAAGUUCCAACCCUUCCAUAGCCCUAAACUUGAUUAUGCGCAAGUUGAUGGAUGGUGCAGUCCAAGUGCUCUUGGAUGUGAAAGCAUUCCAUCUAGAAUUACUGUAGUGGAGAAAAAAGGCAUUUUAUGUAGUUGAUGGAAAUUAAAGGUUAUGUGAAUUCUUAACCAAA